AUGGCGGCCACACAAGCACCUUCCUCGUUCUACGAGCAACUGCCUCUCCCCACGCUCGAUCGCCCCUUUGGCAUCCACCUAUGGCCUCUUCUCGACAAGGUCUGGACUCCCAUCGUGGGCUACCCCGUGAGCGAGUUCAGAUUCCAGCCUGGCGUCACGCCCAUGUCGACCAUCAAGUCGGCCGGCAUCUUCGUCAUCAUCUACUACACCAUCAUCUUUGGAGGACGCGAGUGGAUGCGCAACCGCGAGCCCUACAAGCUCAAGGGUCUCUUCCUCGCCCACAACUUGAUCCUCACCCUCAUCAGCGCCGGUCUCCUCGCUCUCUACAUUGAGGAGCUCCUGCCCACCGUUGUUCGCAAGGGCAUCUUCCACUCCAUCUGCCACGCCGACGGCGGCUGGACCCAGCCUCUCGUUGUCCUCUACUACAUGACCUACCUCACCAAGUACAUGGAGCUGCUCGACACCGUCUUCCUCUUCCUCAAGAAGAAGCCUCUGACCUUCCUCCACUGCUACCACCACGGCGCGACUGCUCUCCUCUGCUACACCCAGCUGAUUGGCUCCACUGCCGUCUCAUGGGUUCCCAUCACCCUCAACCUCGGCGUCCACGUCGUCAUGUACUGGUACUACUUCCAGAGUGCCCGCGGCGUUCGCAUCUGGUGGAAGGAGUGGGUCACUCGUUUCCAGAUCAUCCAGUUCAUCAUCGAUCUCGGCUUCGUCUACUUCGCCUCCUACACCUACUUCACCUCGACCUACUUCCCCUGGAUGCCCAAUGCGGGCGAGUGUGCCGGUGAGGAGUUUGCCGCCUUUGCUGGUAUCGGUAUCCUCAGCUCCUACCUCGUCCUCUUCAUCUCCUUCUACCUCGCAACCUACAAGAAGGGCGGCAAGUCCCAGACCCGCAAGUCUCUCCGCCGCAUGAGCCAGGCUCCCCUCCCCGACCCUCACGCCGUUGCCUCGGCUGUCGCCGGCCACUCCAACGGCAGCGCCAAGGCCAGCGGAGCCAAGGCCAACGGCUCCUCCACCCCUCGAUCCCGCAAGGCGUAA